AACUGAAAUGUUAUCGCAGCUGUGGGGAACUACCUUCAGAUCACAUGACUUACAAUCUUACAUAAUAAACAAUGAAAGAAAAGAGGAGAGAGUAAACGCAAGCAAAGGGCAAGGAUUUUCAAGUACAGGACCCAAGGAUUUACAAAUUUGAGAUAAAAGCAAUGUACAUACCAAGUUUUCUGUCCGUUGAAACUUUGGUUUUAUUAAUAACAUCUCUUGUGUUGGUUCGAAUCUACAUACACAAAAAAUGGCAGUUUUUAAAGAAUAUCAAUAUCCCACAUAUUCAACCUACAAUUCUACAACUUGGAACUGUUCGGCCAUUUAUUGGUAAUUCAGACUGGAUGAUGAACAGUCAUGAAUAUUGUAAAAGGAAACUUGGUAAGAUCUAUGGUGCAUACCUUUUUCUGACCCCACAAAUAACUGUGGCAGAUCCAGACAUCAUAAAGCAAAUGUAUAUCAAGGAGUUUGCAACUUUUCCCACUCGCCAGACCAGUUUGACAAAAAUUAAUGGAAAGGUGAUGAACACCACUAUUCUGAUGACGGAAGGAGAGCAAUGGAAAAGAAUUAGAAACACGCUUACUCCUAGUUUUUCAACCGCAAAGUUGAAAGAAAUGUUGGGCAUAAUGGAAGACUGUUGUAAUCAUGCAAUUAAUAUUCUUAUUAAAACUACACAGAAUGACCAGGGUAAGUUUGAAGCAAAAUCCGUGUUUGGAAAACUUGCUCUUGAUAUAACCUGCUCUGCAGCAUUUAGUGUUGACACUCAUCCUCAAGAAUUAAAAGAUGGCCAAGAACCAAAAAUCAUAAAAAUGGUGAAACAAGCAUUUGGUUUUGAAAUAAGUCGCAGCCCAUUAGUUAUGCUUUGUUUCAUGUUUCCUGCAUUUGAGGAAAUUCUGUGCAAACUUGACUACAGUAUAAUUCCAAAGGAUACAGUUAAUUAUUUUGCUAAUCUUACAAAAUCACUGAUUGAUCAAAGGAAGCAUUCAACAGUAAAACCUCGUGUUGAUUUGAUGCAGCUUAUGCUUAAUGACCAAAUAUCUGUUGAGGAUGUGGCCAAAGGUAAAUCCAAAGGUUUGACCCAGUUAGAAAUAACCAGCAACAGUGUUCUCAUGGUAUUAGCUGGGUACGACACCUCAGCAAAUGCAUUAACACUACUUGCUUACAACCUUGCUACCCACAAACAUGUUCAAAAAAAAGUUCAGGAAGAGAUUGAUAAAAUGCUAGAAAAGUAUGGCUCUUUAACGUAUGAAGCUCUUAACAGCAUGAAAUACCUUGGAAUGUGCCUAAACGAGACAUUAAGGCUUUACCCUCCUAUUGCUGUAAACUCUCGAAUCCCAAACCGUGACAUCACUAUUAAUGGAGUCUUUUUACCAAAAGGUAUCCAAGUUAUUGUCCCAGUUUAUGGCAUGAGCAGAGAUGAGGAGAUAUGGGAGGAACCACUCAAAUUCAAACCAGAGAGGAUGGAAGACAUGAGAUCAGUUGAUUCCAUGAUUUUUCAACCAUUUGGUGGAGGACCACGUGGCUGUAUUGGAAUGAGAUUUGCCGUGUUGGAAAUUAAGCUUGCAAUUGCAAAAAUUCUUCAGGACUUUAACCUUGAUGUAUGUGAAAAUACCCCUAAGCCCCCUGUACAGUUAGAAUUUAAAUCCACAACACUGAAGCCAAAAGGGGAUAUUUACUUGCGAGUAACUCCCAAAUCAAACUAGAAUUCAAUUUCCAAUGAACUGAAUGAAGUAUUUCGGUGUCAUUUGAUUAUCUACCUCAUAAACUGUAUGGAUAUUUUAUUGUUUUAAAAUUUGAUAAUAAUGAUCUCUCAUUGGUCAGUUUCAAUCAAAACAUAACAAACCUGGUGUGUUUUCUAUAUCGGCUGUUAUGUUUAUACUGUAACUGACCACAAGUGAAUGUGUGAAUCAAGUUUAUUUUUCAAAAUUUUUUUUUUUCAAAAUCUGAACCAAGUUUAUUUACCUGGAUUUCUCAUUGCUUGUAUGUAAAUAGAAGGUAAUAACAAUAAAUAUGUUUUAUUUUUGAG